AUGGUGACGGUCACAGAUAUCUUCGGGCCGCAACCUCCUGGUAUCGAUCUAAACGACAACCAGACUCCCCAGAUCAAUGCUGCUGUUAUUGCCCUGUAUAUCGUCGCCGUUGUCGCUGUAGUGCUUCGAUUUGUUACGCGGAUUAAAAUCCAGAAUAUCAGAUUAGGGAUUGACGAUUGGUUGAUUGCAGCGUCUCUUAUUCUGUUCGCUUAUAUCUUCAUCUAUCUAGUUCUACUUCCAUCCAUCAAAGUAUCGAUUAUCCUCCUCUAUCGCCGAAUCUUUGGAAUGAACUGGAUGAUGUGGGUUUGUCUGGCCCUCAGUAUCGGCCAUGGCGCUUGCUGCAUUAUUGCCUUCCUAUGCUCCUGCAGGCCACUGUCAUACUUCUAUACGCAGUUUGCUGAUCCGUCGGGAGGAAAGUGCAUCAUCAACCUAUAUGCAUUCUACCUUGGAAACGCCGCAACAAAUGUCUUCACAGAUGUCAUCACGCUUCUUGUUCCAAUUCCGAUCAUCUCCAGACUCCAAAUACGUCCGGUGCAGAAGGUACUGAUUUCUGGUAUCUUUCUCUUAGGUGGGUUCGUCUCCGUGGGAAGUAUGGUUCGGAUUUAUUACUUGACUUUACUUGCGACGAACCCCGAUAUCAACUGGGUCAUGGGCGACGUAUACUUAUGGUCUACCAUUGAGCCCUGCAUCGGCAUUGUUUGUGCGUGUCUACCCACGCUGAACGCGCUGCUCCGGAGAACCACGAUGCUUGUGCUCGGGUCUAAUGCUGAACGACUAUUUGGUAGCUUUUCGCUAUCAGCUUCUAGAAAGAAACGCCGAAGUAGAUCGCAGAGCAAAAGUCGUUCGUUUCAACAACUAGACGCGCGUGAGGGCUGUCAGAAUGCCCGAUUGCGUCCGGAGGAUGAGAUAGUGCUGACGACCGUUUCGGCUCACAGUGAGCCUAACUCGUAUCAUAGGGAUACGGAUAGUGUUAAACUUGUGAAUGACUCUACUCAUAUGUCUAUUACGGCCAAACGUGAUUUUGAUUGGAGUGAGGAUCAUUCUUGA